AAUUAAAUUAAUUAAUUCAUUUAGCAAAUCGAAAUUGCAUUUACGAUUACAGCGACCUAUUUUUGAAGGCAAAGCAGUUAAUGGAUUAUCAGUAGAUAAAGUGGGGUGACGAAUAUCUGGUAUACAGAAAGGAGUUGAUCGACAUCAAGGUUCGAUUCAAAUGAUCAAUUGUCGGAAUAAAGCAAUUUGCAUUACAAAUAGAGGACCAAGAAGUGUUAGGAAUAUUAAAAUCACCCAACACAAGAAGAAAGUCUCUAUCAUUUACAUGUUCAUAAAUUUAUUUAAUACAAGUUACAUAUAUGUAUGUUGAGCAUAAACUUGUACAUCAGAAAAGGGGGAUAUAUGAACGUGUGAUAAAUAAUGAGCACGAUAGGAGAGUUAAUUUAAACCUUAUGACCCCGCAUCAUGAAGGGAUGAAAAGAUAAAGAUUCAGAAAGGAUAUGGGUUUAACAACAAUUAAAACCCCUUCCUCCUUACGCAUCAAACGGUCAAGUCUAUAAAUAGUGAACAAAAUCUCACUAUUAAAAAUAUUUUGACUUAAGCAUGUUUAUCAGAUUGAACACUAAAACUAUGCAAGAAUAGAUUUUUAAAUUUAGAAUUUAAGCCACGUGCGUUUUGGUAAAUAAGGUACUGCUGAGAAAAGAAUUAUAUAAUAUUUAGUUAUUUGGUCCAAUGUUUGAUGAUGAUUUUAACCGAUAGCAGUUAAAAAUACACCUAAUUCUGCCUGUUAUACACAUUUUAUACCUGGAUUUUACAUUUACAAUGGAUUCAGGGUAUAAAAACAGGUUUUACUCAGUUUAUAAAAUCAUACAUUUUUUUUUGUCUGUUUGAACUGUACCUGCAUUCUAUAUGAUAAGUUUCAUUCGACUUCCUACCCUGUCUAUAAAAAAUUGUACGUACAUAUACAUAUAUUAUCGGGACAUAUUGUGUGCAAUCUACCCUAAACAAGCUAAGAAUGCCCCCUAAACAGUUAGCUGUAAAUAUUGUGCCUUAUUUGAGCAACAAACGAAGUCUCUUUAUAGCACAGGUAUAUUGAAUUAAUUUAGCUGAGCUAAUCUAAUAAAUCCAUAAUAUGCAGAUAUUUUAUAGACCACAGAACAAUGAUUUAAUAUAUUUGGUAAGUCUACACAUUUUACAAUUACAAAUGACUCAUUUGAUGCAGGGUAUACAAAUAGGGGUUGAUAUAGGGUUAUGUGCGACGCUUUUGUCCCUUCGGAAAUGGACGGUGGUCGAUGUCAGCUCGUUGUUUUUCGGCUCAGUCCACGAACAGGUACAUAUGUAUAUGCAUAAUGUAGUAUUUUUAGCGGUUCGGUUGACGCCUGUUUAGUAGUUGCGCAGUGGCGUCAACAUUUGGGGUAUAAUAGGGAUAAUACGUUAGUUACCCGUUUGGUCACAAACAGGCUGGGUCACUGAACUUUUCUGACCAUUUGCGUGUAGCCAACAGUCACCUGACCGCCCGUUCACACAAUACAUUUAGCUUUCAUAUAUGACCAAUAUUCCCGGUUAGGAAUUUUACUCAAUAUAUAUAUGUAUAUUUGGUUAUUUUUUUGUAUGGCUACAUAUAGGGGUAGCAAUAGCUUGCUGACCAGAGAGACAAUAGGGUACACAGGUGUAGUCGAACUGGUACAACUGCAGUGUAAUUCAAGCAGCUCGUCUGAAACAAUUGACAAGGAAAUAUGAUUAGCUCGAAAACAAAUCUUGGAGGAAACGAUGCGCAGAUCUCUGGAUACUUGCGUAUCGCAAAAACUCCAGAAAUUGAUGAUUCUGACGAGGAGCGUGAGUUAACAAAUUUAAAUUGGUUAUUACGUAAUCAAAAUCUGACAUGGUCAAAGACAAUUGAUGCCAACUCCGAGGAUGAUAUCAAUAUUCAAGCUGGCAAUCGGAAUCUGACUACUGAGAUUGAAAGUAUUAAUCCUCAAAAGAUAUUAAAACCGUUAGAACUAUGUUCUUCGAAAAAUUCAGCAAAUAAAUCUUUUAUCCGAAACCUUAUCAGCUGCCCCGAAUCCAGAAAACAAAACUCAUCAGUAUUGUUAAAGCGUCCAACACCAGCGGAGAGAUACGAUAUUUUUAUUAACAAAAUUAAAAGCGAUUUGGCAGAGUAUGAAAAAUCUGCUAAUAUAUAUAAGACAGAUGUAACUCACAAGCCACCAUUUAACUACUCCCAUAUUAUUGGGAUGGCGAUGCUCGAAAACGGACGGGUUACACUUCAGCAAAUUUGUGCAUGGAUUGAGUCAAAAUUCGCAUUUUUCCGAGUGCGUAAAAAAUGGAAUGGUAGUACUGCUCACCAUCUGUCCGUCCAUGUCCUUGGGACUAUUUCACUAGAAACAAAGCUAAUGAAAACUGGGACACUACCAAGUGCAAGACAACUCAUGAGUCGUAACGAAAUACUUUAUCUGAAUUCGAUUAGGCAUAAUCUGUCGUUGCAUCAUUGCUUUCGCAAUCGUAAACGUGAGGAAAAGGGCAAAGGAGGCUAUUGGGAACUAGGAGUGGAUCUAAGAAAAUGUGAUAGAAAACGGAUAAGAAAUCGCAAAUCAACCAACUCAAAGUCAAAGCAUUCAUCGCCAGAGACUAAAAACUGUCAAACUCUUUUAACAAAAUGCCAGUUGGCCAAUUCGAAAAAUGCCGGAAGCCCUCAGGAUCGGUCUCCAAGCCUGUCAUCACAUUAUAUGCUGAAUGAGAAGCCACAACCAUCUAGUCCUACAAAAAAUAGUGCUGAAUACGAUGUACGAUUGGAUUGCCUGACCGUAACUGAAGUAGAGGUGGGCCUAGGUGGUGGGCUGACAUUAUCAAACGGUUCACACGAUCGUGACGCCCAUUUUCUAUACCCAGAUUCCUCAUUCACACCUUCUUCAAACAAUGAAGCUUUUCUACCGCAUCAAUAUGAGCUAGGCACCAUUAUAAUUAGCACCACGGGCAUUAUCGAUGACUCUUCGUGCAUAAAUAGUAUAAUCAAUAAUAAGUUGGACUGUUCUAGUAUGAUCUAUACCGAGGAUGACAUUCCAACAGCUAGUGAAAAUGUUAUCAUAUCGUCAAAUAAAAUGGAUUCCAAUAAGGAAAGUAAUAUAGCAUUGGUAGCACCUAUCACCUCCAAUUCUGAGAUCACGAGCAAUGUUCCCAUUAAUUAUGACUGCUCUAAUUUUCGACCAUACAUUGACUGCAUUGACGAGUCAUAUAAUUACCUACAUAGCAAUGAGUUAAAUCGCAAUGAGGAUAUUUUAGAUAACCUUCUGGACGACUGUGCUAGAGAUUAUUGAAUGACAAAUAUCGCCAAAUAAAAAUGUAAACUUCUUCUAAUACAGUAAUCAGUUGACUUCAUUUUCUUACAUUAUCUAUUAAUACCUCAGAAUCUAUUAUUAAUACAAUCAGGUACCCUAAUAAUGUUUGUAACAGGUAGAAGGAGGUGUGGCAGA